AUGAAAACAAAUUUUAUUGUUAAACAGGCACUUGCUGACCGAGGAGCUGAACGAGAAUUAAUGAUGAUUAAAAUUGAUUGUUAUUCAUGUUCUUGGAAUGGAUUAUACAAUGAUUAUAAAGAACAUCUCGGACAAAUACAUGCAUAUUUAGAAUGUAGUAAUUGUCAUAAACAUUUUUUUUCGACAAAUCUAUAUGAAGAACAUCUCCAAGAGCUUUGUGAAAAUCGAUCAGUACAGUGUGGAUUACCUGGUUGUAUUGAGCGAAUAAAAUGGUCUGAAAUAGGAAAGCACUUCUUAUGUGAAACACAUCAGAAAAUAUUACUUGAAGUUAUUACUCAAUAUUUUUUUCUGAAAAAAUGUUUAGCUAAUAAUGUUAAUUGCUCGACAACUACAUUUAACGUUGUUAGUAAUAUAGAACAAGAACUGACUACUGUUCAAGAAAAUAUUAAUACUCUUCUACCAGGAGUAGAAAAUUCUUUGAAUAAUUGUGCAAGAUUGAAAUCUGAACAUGAUCAAAUCAAAGCAACAUGUGAUAAUUUAACUUCACAAAGAACUACAGUAAGAAAAAUGAUCCAAGACGGUAAUGAAAUAACUAAUAAAUAUAUACAAGAGCAAAACGAAAUGGAAAAACAGAUAGAUCAUAUUAAUAAAUUACAAAUCAUUACGAAGACUUUUACAUUAGAUAGUGAUAGUACAGCAACAUUUGCUUUUAUUAAACAUUCUCACGAAAUGAAUGUACCAUUUUCAAUAUAUUCGCCAAGAUUUAAAACAUCACAGUUUGGAUAUUGUUUUAUGAUCCGCGUAUGUUCAACUAUCAUAUCUGAAAAUGAAAAUCAAGAAUAUUUAUCAAUUUACAUAACAUUACUUCGUGGAGAGUUUGAUCCAAUCCUUUUGUAUCCAUUUCCUUAUAACAUAUAUCUAUGUUUAUGUGAUCAAUCAAACCAAAGAAAACAUAUUGUAUCAAUAAUUAAAGCUGAUGCAAAUAAAUUAUCAUUUAUGCGCCCAACAAGCGAGAAGAAUGAUGAAGUUGAACAUUCAGACAUCAAUACAAAUACCAACACAUUAAUAAAAAAAUCAGAUGAAAGUGAAAAUGAUGAAGAUUGGGAAACAGUAGACGUGACUACUGAAGGAGUUCAUUCAUACUUUUCAUUUGGAAAAGCUGAAGCAAAACUUAAACCAUUAUCUACUAAAAAGAACUUUCAAGGACUACGAAGAACACAAGCACAAUAUCCGAUAAAUGCUUCGCUGAACAACAAUAUUAAUGCAAGAAAUAACCAAUUACAUCUACCACCAUUCAAAAUAGAAUUUGAAAGUCAGCAAAAACUACCAGAAAUACAAGUGUUAAAUGAUCUUGUUAAACAAAAUCAUAAAUUAAAUAUCAAUACAGCGUUUUAUUCCAAAUAUAUUCAAUCACAUAAUGUACUGUUACUAUUUGCAAAUGAUUCAUCAACUUAUGAAAUGCUUUUCGAUAAUAGUUCAUGGCAAAAUUUUAUUUGUAAUUUAUCAUUCAAAGUUACUUUGCCUCGUCGAAUUCCUGUUUCAUAUUCUGUUAUUGUAAAUCGCAUUCCUCGUGAAUGGAAUGUAGAUACAAUUCAUCCUCUUAUUGCUGAACGUUAUACAUCAACAGAUCGUGUUACAAGAAUAUUUCGUGAUGAUCAACCUACUACUAAAGUUCGAAUAGAUUUUCAUUCUCAAGAUGAUGUUAAUUUGAUUCUUAAAAACGGCUAUAUUUACAUAGAUAGCAUCCGGUAUACAGCAACAACUUAUAAACCGCUUACUCAAAUUGAUCGAUGUUUUAAAUGUCAGCAAUUUGGGCAUAAAAUUCAUAAUUGUAUGAAUGAACCAAAAUGUUAUAAAUGUGGAGAAAUUCAUGCUUACAAUCCAAAUUGUUUAAAUCCUAUUAAAUGUGCUAAUUGUGCAGGUUCUCACAUAGCAGGAGCACCUCAAUGUCCGGCUAAAAUAUCUUAUCGCAAAAAUCAACAGCAACAACAGACUACAAGCAUGAUUUCUAAAUCUACAGCUAUUCCUUAUCUACCUUCUUCAGCUCGCCUAUAUUCAACUGUUUUGAAACCAAUGUCAUCUCAUGUUAAUUCCAAUACACAAGCUACAGCAUUACCUGAACCAUCAAAAUUCGAACAAACUGAUCAACCAUCUGUCAUUAUUAAAACACUAAAAGACGAAAUUACUAAAUCACACGAUAUUCUCAUAGACAAAAUCUUGUGUAUUGAACAAAAAUCUGACUUAGCUAUGCAACAACAUCUUUCUUCACUUCAAAUGAUUGAAACUCAAAUUGUACCUUAUUUGUUCUCUAUGUCGGAAUUGCUGGUUAAUGUAUAUGAUAAAUUAACUCAACAUAUGAAAACUACACCAACUGAGUUCAUUCUUCUUGAUGAAAAAUUUCUUGUUGCCUUACAAGAACGCUGUACUGAUUAUCAUCUGAUUAAAAAAUAUCGAGCAAGUCUACCACCAUAUCUCGUUAAUAUCAUUAAAUACCGACAAAUUGAAACACCUCACCAAAAUCACAGUGUUAAUGAAUUUAAAGCAUCAUUAUCACAAAAUACUCCUCGAACUUCCAUCUAA